CAAUGAAACAAAAUGAAGUUUCAUCUGUUAGAAACAAUAUCAAAUAAAUGAUUCGAAAAUCAAGUUAAUUGCUUCCUCAACAUAAUGAUCAAAUUCAAGAAGAACCUCAACAAUAAUCUAAUGAUAGACAACUAGAAUGUGAAACAAUCUUCAUACCAGCUAAUUAAAAGAUUAACACAGAUGUUGAUACAUCAUAAUAUUAGCCAUCAUAAAAAGAAAUAAGUUAAUCCACUCAUAACUUCAUUUCAAAUAACAGCUUUUAAUAUCACUAAUAAAAUAAUAUGUCUACCAUUAGCAAUCCUAUUAAUAAUUCAUAACAUUAUUCAUCUUAAAAUCAGAAUAUCAAUUCAAUAAUAAAUCAUUCUAGAUUAACAAUAAGUCAAUUGACUUAAAGGGAAAGAUCAAUAUCUAAUGAAAAAUAAAAUGAAGAAUUACUAGCAAAAGUUGAUGAAAUCAAAGAUGAAAUUAAAGGAUUGUAAUAAAAAGUAAAAAAAGUAAUCAUUCAUUUUAUUUUCAUAGCCUGAACAAGCUAAUCUAUAACUAAAAUUACCACAUAGAACUGCUAUGUUAAUGUAAAUAUCAUCAAAAAAGUAAUUAUAAUUAUAUUCUUUAGUUAAAUUUAAGUAUAAAAAUAAGAAGAACCAAAAUCCUCCCAAAGAAACUGA